UUUUGGCCUUUUGAGCAUCCCCUACGCACAGCAUCAAACUACUGUUACUUCAGCAUUCAGAACAGAAAUGAAAAGUGUUACACACACAAUGUAAAGCACAGAAAUUAUCCAAUAAGGCAACUAGUCUGUGGUUUUUAUGUUGCACACAAGCCUUCUCCUACCUUUCUUCAUUGAUUCAGAUUAAUAACCUCCUAUUCCUAUUGUCUACACUUAUGUCCUAUGUUUAUUGAACCUCCAGCAGAAAUGCACCAAUAUUAUUCACCUUUUUAUGUACUAAUGUGGGAGUUCCACAUUCUCAUCAAUCUCUAGAUUAAAAAUGUUGCCCAUGAAUUCCCUAUUCCUAAUUAGUGACUAAUUUCUAUUGAUGGUAAGUGAGAAAAUCAAUUUUUUAUGGAAACAUUUGAUGGGAUAAAUGGAAAGGCCUCAAUCAGUUUACCCUGAGUAAUAUUGUGUAGUAACUAGUUUUAAUGUAAGGGAAAAUUUUCUAUUCAGUCAGAACGUACUUUAUUUCUUCUGUAAUAAAUAUAUAGUCUAUCUAUAUGAUGUCACAGAUAUUGUUUUGAUGUCAUAAUGCAAAAUUAUUGCUCUAAGUAUUUCCAUAUUAAUAAAUACCUGUCAAUGAGCUAUCAUCAAGGAGAUUUGUGCUUGAAGCCAAUUAAGGAGAGGAUGUCGGACUGGAAGACUUACAUCAAUAGUAUAUUGAAGGAUAUGAAUGUGGAAGAUGCUGCCAUUGUGGGCCAUGCUGACAACAAGUCCUCCUGGGCUUCAAAGCCCGGAGGUGUGCUGGCUGCCAUCUCCCCACAGGAGGUCAGCAUGUUAACAGGACAGGAUCGCAAGGCAUUCUUACAAACUGGCAUCAACAUCGCAGGAAAGAAAUGUUCUGUCAUCAGGGACAACCUCAUGGUCAACAAUGAUGAAGUGAUGGACGUGAGGAUGAAGGGCAGUCAAGGCAAGAGCAUCUGCAUUGGCAAAACUAUCAAGAUCAUGGUGUUUGUGACAGGCAAAAAGGGUGUUCAUGGUGGAGCGCUCAAUAAGAAAGUCCACGAGGUGGCCAAAUAUCUGAAACAGAGGGGCAUCUAAAAGAAAGCUAAUGUCAGGAUUCUUGGAACAUUGCAAUUUCUAAACUGAUAAUAAAUUCUACUUUA